UCUAGAGGUCAAAUGCACAUGACUACCAUUUUGGCAGACAUCCGCCGAUAUUUCCCUCGAGGUGAAGUUUGCCUAUCAAGGGGACAUCGUCUCCGAAACAGUAAGCUCUGAGAUGGUUCAACCUGGCACAGCAUGAGCCAAGCAGUGAGACCGUCGGAUCAAGGGUCGCCGGAAACUAUCAUUGCUGGACAGCCGAUUACGGAAGAGACUCCGUGGUUCCUACGGACAGAUCAUGAAGCUGAAGUGCUCUACGACACCGAGAAUGGCGUAUCCACCGUGAAAGCUGGCCGAUUGAGCGGCCUGGUGGAAUACUUGACGCGCCAUGACCAGCUCGAUACUUCCUUUAACCACGAUUUCCUCCUCACGUACCGGUCCUUCACGUCUUCUGCAGAGCUCUUUGAGAUGCUAGUUCAACGGUUUAACAUUGAGCCGCCAGCAGGGUUGACCCAUGCGGAGUUGCAAGUAUGGACUCAGCAGAAGCAGAAGCUGAUUCGAAUUCGGGUGAUCAACAUCUUAAAACGCUGGCUUGAGCAGUUCUGGGUCGAACCAGAUGACGAGACGACCGAAAUUCUACUGGAUAAGAUUCGCACCUUUGCAGAAGCUUCAGUUCCUACGGGUCAAACCCCAGCAUCACAAGCACUUCUCGCAGUGAUUGAGCAGCGACGUCGAAAGGAGGGCAUGACUACCAGUCCGAGAGUCUCCAUGCAUAAUGUGAACAUGCCAGCGCCGCUUCUUCCAAAGAAAAUGAAGAAAUUGAAACUGGUGGAAAUAAACCCUAUCGAGAUUGCGCGGCAGUUAACUCUCAUUGAGUUCCAAUUAUACAGCAAAAUCCGGCUUGAUGAAUGCUUGAAUAAAGCAUGGCAGAAAAAGGCAGAUGCUGGGGCACGGGAGCCUGCUCCCAAUAUCAGAGCAUUGAUUCAUCAUUCCAAUCAACUCGCUAACUGGGUUGGAGGAAUGAUUCUCGCCAAGGAUGACCUGAAGAAGCGUGUACGGGUGAUCAAGCAUUUUGUGGAAGUUGCAGAUGCGUGCCGUUCCAUGAAGAAUUACUCAACUGCGAUCUCUAUUAUUUCAGGGCUUGGGACAGCUCCGGUAUAUCGACUCGGUCGGACUUGGUCCCAAGUCAGCGAACGCACUUGCGCAGUAUUGGAACCGGUACGGCAACUGGUGGCAAGCACUAAAAACUUUUAUGAGUACCGUGAGACGUUGCGCCUGGCCAAUCCACCUUGUAUUCCUUUUCUGGGAGUCUACCUUAUGGACCUCACAUUCAUUGAGGACGGAAAUCCAUCCUUGACACCUUCAGGGAUGGUCAACUUCAGCAAACGCAGAAAGGCAGCUGCAGUCAUCCGAGAUAUUCAACGAUUUCAAACUUCGCCGUUUCUCUUCAAGCCCGUCCCUGAGCUGCAGGAGUUUAUCGUCGGCAAUCUCCAAGCCGCUCGCGAUGUUAACGAAAUGCAUGAGCGAAGCCUGCAGCUGGAGCCAAGAACGCCGCAGGAGGAGAACAAUGGUGGUGAGGUGCCGUAUGUCUCCACCGGCAGCCAUAUGAGUGCAUUCUUGAUGGCCAGUAUGGCGAUGCGAUAACCGCAAUGAGCUACGAUGGGCACCCACGGCGUUUUUUGGUGCGGGCGUUUUCAAAGUUUCCUACUAGCGAUACCCAGAAACUGUUAGGAAGUAGUCGAAAUACUUUAUUGGAUUCUUUUUCCUAUGUGCGCGGAUCUCCCUCGAUCC